CGACCUUCACAGCCAGCGUUGUUACGUUCCACUCGACCUUCACAGCCAGCGUUGUUACGUUCCACUGUGGAUCUAUUAGAAAGAGAUAUCUAAUCCACCAUGAUGCGCUCACUGCUUGGCUCUCAAACGGGUGCCCCUGUCAAGCUCAAGAUCUACCUGAAUCAUCGAUCUGCUGAAGCUGGAACAGCUCUGAAAGGAAAGGUUGUCUGUGAAGUGACAUCCAAGGAUAUCGUUCAGGGAGAAUCCAUUGAUUUGUCUAUUUCGGGACGGGAACUAGCUGCCUUGAAGGAUGGAAAAACAGCGGAAAGAAAGUUUUGUCGCAUGGAAAAGCGACUAGAUGAGUUCCGUGGUCGAGGAUUGGGACCGCGCCGUCAUUAUGUAUUUCCCUUUGCCAUCAAGCUACCAGCAUCAUUGCCUGCCUCGUGCCACUUCAAGAUGCCAAGCAAGGAGGGAGUUUUGCAAGUCGAGUACAAACUCAUUGCCCGUGGGUAUUCCACGAAGACGGAACACGUAUUCAAAGUGACUUCAGCACCCUUACCCGAUAAACGAAUUGUUAGUGUGCAUCAUCCUAUUACCAAGGCUGUCAAGUCUCUCGGAAGGAUUGAACAAGGCACAAUCUCUCUGGCCGCACAGGUCAAGGAUUCCCAUAUAGGUAGAGGGGAUCGGAUUCAACUGGCAUUGUCCUGUCGCAAUGAUUCACUGGUCGAUAUACAACGAGUCGAUGUCAAAGUACAAGAAGUUGUUGCGGGAAGCGCACAGCGAGCGAAAGACGGUAACUUCGACGAGAGCAAAACCUUUAAAGAGACUCUGUAUACAGAGAAAGAGACGAAUCUGAAGGGUCUGCUUCACAAAGCAACAACCAACGAACAAGUCCGGAAGUCACAAAGCAUGUCGCAGGCAGAUAAAGCGCAACAAUUCGCAGAAAUAUACACGGAAUUGGCAGAGAACAAAUUCUUGUUGGAGUUUCUGUGUCCUAUGAAAGCAAGAGACAGUUACAAGGGAAAGCUCCUCCAUGUUAAGCACUUCAUCAAGGUCAAACUGAUGACAAACUCGGUCACUGACAACCCUUCCAUAGUGAUUCCGCUCAAAAUUGGCAAUCCUCCAGUACCUCGGCAAACAACCCUCGCGUCGCAAAGCUCAAGGUCGGUACGAUGUGAUCUCAGAAGGAACAGAUCGGCAUCGGAGCUCAUGAUUCCGAUUGCCCUGACCUCCUUGGAUGUCCUACCCCCUCCGAUGCCGAUAGCCCCGCCAGAAACACAGGUUCCUGAACGUGCAACCACCACCGCGGAAUCGAGACGUGCUCCGCUCACAAGAAGUCGUUCGAACGAUGAGUCUCAUUCGACUUUCUUCGCACCACUGCCCCCCCCGAUGACAACCAACAUCGGCUCGAUGACUCAAUCUACACCCGUCCUCCCACCAAGCGCACCACUGCCAGCAAUGACACCACAACUCACAAUCGACCCGCCUCCAAGUGAUCCUCCACCAAGUGCUCCCCGGCCAAGUGCUCCCCCACAGCCCAUGUCAUCUUCUCUUCCAAGUCUGCCUCCGGCUGCGAUACCAGCGACGACGGUCACGUCAUCUAUGCCCACCUGGCCUACAUAUCAGCAACCUGAAAUAAGUCCUUCUGCUCCAUUCUUUGAAGACGUCCAGGCCACGAUUGUUUCGGCCGUGCCUGUCCCGUCAAAUUCCGAGGAUGCUCCCGUAACAGUUAUUGAUCCAAGCUUUAUUGUGUUGGGAGGAGGCGCCAUCGUCCUCGGGGAAGGAGCCGACUACUGCAACACUAGCUACAACAGCAUUCCUCCGAGUCAAACCCCUCCUGCGCUCCCCUCUUUGAGUAGUCUUUUCUGUGAGAUGCUCCUGUCCGUGGAAGACUACGACAUCAUCAAGGCCAAGCUUCUGGAUCCUGCUUGGAGGGUUCUGUUUUCCACCAUAUCUGCUUCUGAGUUUGGCAGCAUCAUUGCCCAUGUCAAUGUUGAUUUUGAUCAACCAAGGGUGGCUGCAAUCUUGUCGCCAGUAGUCAAUGGUGGCCAGAACUUGACGUGUGAGUAUUGUGCUGCCGCUGUCAAGGGCACCACCGAAUGGAACCGGCCAACCAUGGUUGAACGGCUCGCUCCCUCUUGCGUCGACCUCCAGCAAAACUAUCAUCUGAUUCGUUCUGAACUGAACGAAUGGGACCAGAUCAUCACUGCACGCAGUUUGGGACUCCCACAGCAGCAACCAGGAGAGCAUCUUCUACCGCAAGCUCCGGCGGGGAACGUAGUGCAGCCUUCACCGCCACCGCGACAAGCAACCCCACAGCAAGACUCACAACAAUCAUUGUGGGUUUGAUGCAGCAUCGCAUGUCUCCUUUUCGGUUGGAUCGUCGGCAGCCAGAACAUGAUAUUCUUACAUUUAGUUUACUGGCUUGAACUUCAUCUUACUUGUUCUUAAAAAUUUCUUAUCCGGUGCCUCACUAAGCCUGCCUCAGCAUCCGUUCCA